AUGACGCGUCAGCACGGUGGCCGAUGUUUUAUCUGUCUGUCACCAUAUUGGCAUCGAAAUCUACAUAACGAGAAAAUGAAGGAGAAACUGAAGAUAAUGAGCGCAUACGAACUCGACAUUUUGCCCUCACUCUGGCGAAAUGUUCUCUUCAAAAAUGCUCAUUUUUGUGAGCAUGUCUGUCACAGUUGGUUGAAUCGUUCGAAACGAGCGACAGGCCAAACCAAUGACGAAUUACGAAUGCCAGAAGGAGCAGACUAUGAUUUAAUACAGAAAGAAGCUGUACGGCUUGAGGAGAUGCUGGACGGUUUGAUUGACGGAAUUCGGAGAAGAGCUCAAAUCACUGAUAACAAGGACUAUUUAAUGAUAUUCGUUCGAAAAAGAGGCGGCAGAAAACAACGAGUGACGUGGUUGCCGAGUGGACAGCGAAAAAUUCGUGGCACAUGGUUUGGCUUGGCUGAGAGUUUGAUAGAGCAAUACUCAGCGAAUCUGGAGCUUGAGGAUGUGCAUGAAAGGGAGAUACGAGUCAUUGUCUGGAAACAUUUCAUUCUUGCUCUUCUGCAACUUCUUAUCGAAUACAGUAGUUCGAAUACAUCACGAACGUAA